AUGCUGAUCAACAAUUCCCUAAGCGAUUGGCUGGAAUCAAUCACCGCGUACCCGGCCCUGCGAGGAUCAGGGGCUAAUUCCGAGUGUGCAGAAAUGAUUCCUUCGCCUUCUGUUUCUUUUCUGCAACUAGAUGCUGCAGUAGCAUUCCCCCUGCCUGUCACCACUACUCAUGCGCCAACCCAGUCAGCGUCUGUUACAGCCCCCGAGUAUCGGCGAGAUCGAUUUACGAUGGCGAACAAGAUGUCUAUGGUCAAGAUAGCCGUCCUCGGCGAGGGCGGCGUUGGCAAGACCUCCCUAACGAUCCAAAUGUCGCAUCAACAUUUUGUUGAAGAGUACGACCCCACACUGGAGGACUCGUAUAGACGACAAUGCGUUGUCGACGACGAAGCAUGCCUGUUGGAGAUUCUCGACACAGCCGGGCAGGAGGAGUUCACUGCGCUACGGGAACAGUGGAUACGCGACAGCGAGCUCUUCCUCGUCGUCUACAGUGUGACAUAUCGCCCAAGUUUCGAAGCCGUACAAAAAGUGUUCGAACAAGUCUGCACCACGAAGGAGAAGUAUGCAGCGCCCGGAGGCUUCGACCCCAGUCUCAUCAUCCUGGUCGGAAACAAGUCAGAUCUGGAUCACAAGAGGACGGUGGGCAUCAGCGAAGGAAGGAUGCUGGCCAAGAAGCUGGGAUGCUCCUUCAUCGAGACCAGCGCAAAGACCCGUACCAACGUCGAAGAGGCCUUUUACAAGGUUAUACGCGCCGACCGCAAGCGGAAACGAGACAUGAGAGAGCGAGAAGACAGCCGCCACAAGUCCGAGUUAGCAGACCUGGGUGUCGAACAACCGAAAACGAAGAAAAGCUUUUUCAAGAGGUUUUUAAGUCGCAGCUGA